GCACAGAUUAACCUCAAAAGAUCUAUAAAUGACUCAUCCAUUUGGUGACUCAUGGAGAGAUUUUUUCUUUCACGGGUUUUCCAGAUGCUCCCCAUGCUACAGUUUGGAUUCAGCCCCAUCUCCCUUGGUUGUCACACUGAGAUGCAUAAGCAAGGCUGAGAAAACAGAAGUUCUGAAUGAAGAUCUUUUACAGGUGGAGAAGCGUUUGGAGCUGGUGAAGCAAGUCUCCCACAGCACGCACAAGAAGCUGACGGCAUGUCUUCAGGGGCAGCAGGGAUCAGAUUCUGAUAAGCGCUCGAAGAAAUUGCCUUUGACGUCACUUGCUCAGUGCUUGAUGGAGGGUUCUGCUAUCCUAGGAGAUGAGUCCCUGCUUGGGAAGAUGCUGAAAUUAUGUGGAGAAGCAGAGGACAAGCUAGGUCAAGAGCUCAUCCACUUUGAGCUGCAAGUUGAAAGGGAUGUGAUAGAACCACUGUUUGUGUUGGCAGAGGUAGAAAUCCCAAAUAUUCAAAAACAGAGGAAACACUUAGCAAAAUUAGUCCUGGACAUGGAUUCAUCAAGGACAAGAUGGCAACAGUCAGCCAAGUCUUCAGGUUUGUCAAGCAACUUGCAGCCUUCGGGUGCCAAAGCGGAUGCUCUCAGGGAAGAGAUGGAGGAGGCAGCAAACAGAGUGGAGAUUUGCAGGGAUCAGCUCUCAGCUGACAUGUACAAUUUUGUGGCCAAAGAGAUAGACUAUGCAAACUAUUUUCAGACUUUAAUAGAAGUGCAAGCAGAAUACCACAGAAAGUCAUUAGCACUUUUGCAGAAUGUGUUGCCUCAAAUCAAAGCACAGCAGGAAGCUUGGAUUGAAAAGCCCUCCUUUGGGAAGCCCUUAGAGGAACAUCUCGCUGUCAGUGGCCGGGAGAUUGCCUUCCCUGUCGAGGCCUGUGUUACUAUGCUCCUUGAAUGUGGCAUGCAGGAGGAGGGUCUGUUCCGAGUGGCCCCCUCUGCUUCCAAAUUAAAGAAGCUUAAGGCAGCAUUAGACUGCUGUGUUGUGGAUGUUCAGGAAUAUUCAGCAGACCCCCAUGCCAUUGCAGGGGCACUGAAGUCCUAUCUUCGAGAGUUGCCAGAACCACUCAUGACCUUUGAACUGUAUGAAGAAUGGAUUCAAGCCUCUAACAUUCAAGACCAAGACAAGAGAUUGCAAGCACUAUGGAAUGCCCUUGAGAAAUUGCCUAAGGCCAGCUACAAUAAUCUAAGGUACCUGAUCAAGUUCCUUGCAAACUUAACCGAGUACCAAGAUGCAAACAAAAUGACACCAAGCAACAUAGCCAUUGUGCUGGGGCCAAAUCUCCUCUGGCCUCAGACAGAAGGAAACAUCACAGAGAUGAUGGCAACAGUCUCUCUACAGAUAGUUGCAAUUAUUGAACCCCUUAUCCAGCAUGCUGAUUGGUUCUUUCCUGGAGACAUUGAAUUCAACUUGACUGGGAACUAUGGAAGCCCUGUGCAUGUGAACCACAAUGCAAACUACAAUUCUAUGCCAUCACCUGAUAUGGACCAUGCCGACCACAAGCACUCAGAUCAGACCCGACGACCACUCAGUGUGGCCACCGACAACAUGAUGCUUGAGUUCUACAAGAAGGAUGGCAUGGGCGUCCGGGUGAUGGACACCUCUUGGGUGGCUCGCAGAGGCCCCUCCAUAGUUCGUAAGGCAUCCUCCACCCCUCCUGCCAUGCAGCCCCCUGCUCCGCCUUGUGAACUUGCUGCUACUCCUCAGUCACCAAUUCCUGAGCAAUCUCUUGACAUUUCAGCUACUCCCUCCCCUACUCCAACUAGCUUCGGGUUCCCACCAGGGGUUGAGCGAGCAAGCACUCUGAAAACCAAGGAACUCUCACUAGUGUCUGGGCAGAAAGGGAGCCCAGCUUGCAGCCACACAACAUCAGGUGGUGGGACUGCACAACAGCCCCCAGGUCCUACAGCACAGCAAUCCACAGAACAAAGUCCACACACCCUGCGGAAAGUUUCAAAGAAGCUGACCCCACUCCCCGCCAAGGGUCCUUAUGUCCAGUCUGGUGGUAUGUCUGAUCCAUCGACAGGGCAGCCAUCUCCGGCCAGCCUUUCUCCCACACCACCCAGCACUCCAUCGCCCUAUGGACUGAGUUACCCACCAAGCUACUCCUUGAGUUCAGGCCCUCUCUCCCCAGCAGCAGCUCCUUCCCUGUCUUCUCCUCCUUCCCUAACAAGCACUUUAACCAAAUCUCGGCCCACCCCCAAGCCACGACAGAGGCCUACACUGCCACCUCCACAGCCUCCCACAUCCAGUGCAUCUGGCUCCAGUCCACAGUCCACAGAGCACACCAUACUAGAUGACAUGUCUCCUGGAGAGAGCAUGUCCACAGAUCUGGCCCAUCUUGAUAUCCCUUCCAUCCAUGUAGAGGUUGAUGCCACACUUCACUUGGAUCCUUCGGGUCAAGUCCAGAGACAUCCAGUACCAGGAAAAAUCCGUUCAGAGGAAGAUUCAGAAAGCACCGCCCUAUGACAUGAAGAUCCCUCUUAUUCCUUUAGAGUGCUUUCUUGUACAUAUCGGUGCCCCAUGAACAUUGCUGAAGGAGGCAUAUCCAGAGACCUUGUCAAGGGAUGUCUCUUCUGGACUUUCGCUUGCCAGCCACUUGUGCAAGACUGACAGCCCUCUGGGCCUGGUGCUAAGCCUGUCUCUGUGGCAAAGGGCAUUGCUGGUGCAAUUUCCAUUUAAUUAUUUUUUUCUCUCUCUCCUGUUUGUUUAGCCUUAUCCAAAUUUUGCCUUUUUGAUGUGGUGCCUAUUUAUCUCCUUUAUAAGCUUUUGGACCCUUAUCUUAAAAAAAAAAAAGUUUAAUCUUACCUAUCUGGAAAUUCAUUUCAUUCCGGCCUUCAACAAAGAACGAAGAGGUGAGAGGGGUAGACUGUCUCCCUGGGUGAAUGACAUGGAGGGCCGUUGCCAUCAUCUCUUCUUUCUGCUGUUGCUCCUGCUGCUCCGCCUCUUUCCAGCAGCCAAGUCUCCAUUUAUCCAGUUCAAGCUGCUUGUCCUUACAGAUCAACCAAGGGACAUCCUUCUGUUUCUCCUGAAAACCCUUUUGUUUGGUUUUCUGGAAUCUUCAGAGCUCCUGUUCUUCUCAUCCCUUUCCCAUGACACUUUUGCUGGUACCUGGGCCUAUUUUUCAUUCCAUCCCUUCCUUCCUUCCUUCCUUCCUUCCUUCCUUGACUUCCUCUGGGCAAAGAGCAACUUGUGGACAGUGGAAGAGCACAGCACUGCUUCAUUUGGCUUUGGUCAGAAUGAAAACCAUAGUGGUGAGAUUGUUUGGGUAAUGCCCUCCCUACCCAUGGUUAUUUGAUUAGCAAUAAAAGUAUAUCCUUGUAGUGUGUUUUGGAGGUGGAAUCUGGCCAUGAGGAGUUUUUCUUCACCAGCACCAUGGGCUUAUUCCCCUCUCCCCCACAAAGGCAAGGAAAAGGGAGAGAACUUCCCCUAGCAGGACACAUUUCUAGAGGGUAGAUUGCAGCUCUCCAUAGCAUUUUAAACAGGAUCCAACUGAGCAGAACAGAAUUCACAGCUGUGCAUGCAAAGACAGAUGUUAUUAGCUUUUAUCCUUUUCAAAGAGUUGAGAUAUAUCUGUCAAGAUGGAUAUAUAUUUGUACAUACAAAGUCUAUAAAUAUAUAUAUAAAUAUAUAUAUAUAUAUAUUUGGUUUAUUCGGGGUCAUUCCACCUGAACUGUUGUACAAAUGUACAAUGUAAAUUUAAAUGCUUAUAAUGACUCUUCCAGCCCAUAUGUACGUACAUACAUCGUCACACUCAGAUGAAUGGUAAAUGUCUCUUGACUCUUCUUUGGCAGCAUUUUUGCAAGUUCAUAUGCUCUUGCUUUGCUACCAGUUGUGAUACUGUGUACCUCAUUGCCCAAACUAGAAAAGGCAACAAACCAGGUGCACACUUUUUGGUAAAAGAAGGAGUGGUAGAACUUUCAUACUUCCCCCAGUUCUGUCACCUGGUAUUCUUGCUGCUCAAAAAGGGAGCCUUAGAGCCAGUCAAGGCACAAAGCAGGUCCUUUCUGGGAUGAAUCUCCUGCUUUCUCCGUUUCUGGCCUCACUGCUC